AUGGAUCGCCACAUUGGAGUUGCUCUCAUGUCUGAUGAUGGAUUCAUUCUCGAGUGUGACUUGGCAAGGCAUGGGCUGACAGUGUUUGACCCACCAAACUAUGAGCCAGUCUGUGACGGCCGAUAUACCAUCAUGCUGGCGGAGGACGGUGGACUGGGAGCUUGCCAAAGGAUGAAUCAGCAGCUCAAAUUGUGGUCAAGGGAGGUGAGUGACAGUGCUGAUGCACGAUGGGUGCUGCGCCGGCUCGUCUACCUGGAAAAUUUGCUCCCGGUUGGUGCUCUCCUGGAUGCAGAGACUAGAGUGCAAGUGCUGGGCUUUGCCGAGGGAGCAAAUGCCAUUUUCCUGACCACUGCAAUCAGAGCGGGCGAGGAAGUUGUCAGCUUCUACACUCCUGUGCCUCGUGGUGAGCACAGGGGUCUGUCGUUGAAGCAUAGUGAGGAUGCAGGUGGUGAGGAGCAAGAGGGGGGGGGAGGAGAAAAGUCAAAUGUUACCAAGGGGGACUUCGUCAACGCCUUCGAAUGCAUCAACCACGCCAUAGAGAACAGACUGAAAUUGUAUGCCUUUAUUGUCAGGGUUCCACCCUAUGGUGAAGUUGCUCCUGCGUGUACCAGCACGUUACUCCUUGUGUGGGAGCCAACCACGGGCGCCCAGCAGCGCGUACCGGUGCCCGUGGUGUACGAUGUCAUCUGCCGGUACGAGGAGGUGACAGUGUACGCCACCGCGGCCGUGUUCUGUGCAGCUGACGGCGGGUGUGACCACCGGGACUGCUUCAGAGGCCCUUUUGGCGUGUUACUCGUCUUCUGCGUCGAGCAUGACGGCGACGGUGACGGGGGGCGUGUCACGUUGACGCGCCUAUACUCGUCGGAAACCGACAGCUGGGAUGAGCUGCGCUGGAUUUUCCAUGGCUUGCCCAUGUGUUUUACAUUUUGUUCCAGCGUGCUCGUUGGGAGGUCUCUGCUCUACUUCAUGUCUGACGAUGGGUGCAUCCUAGAGUACGACUUUGCACGGCACGACCUGACUGUUUUCGACCCACCGAACUAUGAGCCGAUCUACGAUGGCCGAUAUAACAUCAUGCUGGCGGAGGACGGUGGACUGGGAGUUACCCAAGAGAUGAGUCCGCAUCUCAAAUUGUGGACAAGGGAGGUGAUUGAAGGCGCCGAUGCCCGAUGGGUACUGAGCCGGGUCAUUUACUUGCAAAAUUUGCUCCCAGAUGGUGCUCUCGUGGAGCCAGCAAGUUCAUUGUAUGUGUUGGGCUUUGCUGAGGGAGCAAACGUCAUUUUCAUGACCACGGUUGCUGGCCUCUUCACAGUUGAACUAGAAUCAGAGCGGGUGAGCAGGGUGUGUGAUGAUCAUGUCUUCUGUAAUUUGAUUCCAAUUGUUAGCUUCUACACUCCUGUGCCCCGAGGUGAGCAAAAGGAUCCAUCGUUUGAACCCAGUGAGGAUGGCGGGUGGUCAGGAGGGAGGAGGGGAUGA